AUGAAUCAGAUACGUUCGAUCCAGAAGCUAAGUGACAGUGAGCUGCAACAAGGAAUUCUGUCGGAAGAGGCCUCUUGGCAUUAUCAAUAUAAAGAUCAAGCAUAUAUUCAUUUCAGUGGACUUAAUUUAGAGCUCACGGAAGGUGAUAUUUUAACAAUAUUCUCCCAAUUUGGAGUUCCUACAGAUCUUAAACUUGCCAGAGAUCGAGAUACUGGUGAAUCAAGAGGGUUUGGGUAUUUGAAGUAUGAAGAUCAGAGGUCAACUAUUCUUGCGGUUGAUAAUCUUAAUGGAGCUAAGAUAUGCGGUAGGACUUUAAAAGUUGACCAUACGUUUUAUCACCCUAGAAAUGAAGAUGUAGAUUAUAUGAAUGAAAUGAAGUUACAACUAUCUAAGGAUGUUAUCCGAGAGCCUCUGCAUAAAGUUGAUUCAGAACUACAAUCAGUUAGUAGUAAAUGCAAAAAGGAGGGAAAUGGUGAUGAUGAUGACUUUGCUGAUCCGAUGGAGAAGUUUAUCAAAAAAUAG